AUGUCACCGUUAAAGAAAGCAAAGCGUGAAUCCUACACCGAUCACUCGUCUCUAUCGGACAUUGUAGCGUUGUUGCCAUCGAGUUUAUCACUAUUCUUGUCACCGGAAGACGCAUUAAAUUUAUUAGAACACUGCUCUGUAUCUGUUUCACAGGACGUACGCGAUGCGAUUGCCACUCAAGGCUUAAAAACCUUCUACAAUCGAGACAAGGUACAUUUUGGCAAAGGGUGUUUGCGCGAUUGGCAUCGAUUGGUGCCCUUAAAAACGGCAGGUGGUCACCGUGAUCGCUGUGGAUGUGGACGCAACGUUUCACCAUUCGAUCUUCAUCUUCCUCGCCAACUAAAUGCUCGUCACCACCUCUUAGAAGCCAUGUGCUUAGUCUACAAUGGCAUUCAGCCAUAUUGUUUCCAAGUGCUUCAACUAGAUCGUAGCUUUGAGCGUAGACAGUAUGGAGUAUUUCAACCAGUUAUCUUUUCUCUCGCUGCAGCAUGUGAAGAUCAGUCGUUAAAAACGAUUGGUAAACCACUUAGUCCUAUCAACGUCAAAGAUGUGACGGAACUCAAAUGCUUAAUGGACAGGCUUGAAUUGAACUUUGGCUCACGUUUCUUUGACACACUGGACCCUAACGGUCGCUCAGCAAGCAUAGUGGAAGCUCAUUGGAACAAUAUUCAUGUGGACUUGGCUUCGGACACUACAUUGUGUCACUUUUGUGCCACCAAUACAAACAGCAUGAUCGAGGGCCCAUUGAAUCCGCAAUUUCGCGAAGCCGAGUACGAAUUUCUAAUGCGUCAGCACUGCCGAGAUGUCUAUCAGCCAUUAAAGAAAUUUAUGUGGGGUAUUGUGUGGCAUGUACCUGACCGAUAUUCGUAUACCGCGCGCUUGGAUUAA